UCCAAGGCUUUCCUCUCUCUGCCACCUCCUCUGUUUCUUUCCCUAACAAUUUUCCUCUCUCCACUAUCAUACUCUGCCUCAGUCGCUACAAUUUCUCCUUUGACUCUGCUGCCUCUUACUCUUGCUUUAGAAAAGUUGAAGAGAAAUGGAUCUUGGAGGUUUGGUAUCUGGAUUGGUCUCAUCGUCAGUUUAUCUUAUGACCAGACCUAUCUUUCUCUGCAUACACGCAUGUGUGUUUUGUAUUAGAACAGCUCUUGUUACAACCUUUGUCUCUACUGAUAUGGUGACUUCCGCAAUCUGGUUCAACUUAAGUAUGUUGUGGAGAGCUGUGUGGGGAACAAUCUGGGGAUCUAUUCUCCUCGUUACGUUCCCGAUUCGCUUCUUCGCUUCUAUACCAAGGGAAAGACUGCUUGAGCAGAGUCUUUAUGAGUUGCGGUAUGAGCUAGAGAGUCUUGAAUUGAAUAGAAAAGAAAUAGAGGAGACUCUUCGGGAAGCAAUAAAAGAAUAUCGAAUCAUGGAACGCGACUUAGAUGAACUAGAAGAUGAACAUGAUGAAGCCAUUUCCAAAAUAGAAAAUCUAGAGGCGGAGCUGCAAGAACUAAAGAAGGAAAAUUUUCAACUGAAGGAAGGUACUGGAAAAGACUAUUGGAGCAAGAAAGGUAAGGUUAAACCCAAGGAAGAAUCGAGUGAAAUCCGUAAUAUACCGAAACCAAAGAAUAUCCCUUAUGAUUUAAAGGGAAAAGCCGAGUUUACAUCAGUUAAAUCACCUCUUUACCCAUUUGCUAAAUCGACAAUCCCAAAAGAGGAAGAAUUAACACCAAGGGUCCUUGGUUUAGAGAGGAACAUUGCGGUUUCAAGAAGCAUAUUCAGCGCGAUGCUCGCGCUCGUGGUGGGUAUAGUAAUGUAUGAAGCCAAAGAACAAGAACUGUGUACUCCACUCAUAGGUGCACUCUUCACCGUGGUUGGUAUCUCCUUGAGAAGUGUGGUUCAGUUUUUCUCUACGGUUAAGGAUAAACCGGCUUUAGAUGCAGUUGCUCUUAUGAGUCUCAAUUGGUUUAUCGUCGGUACUCUUACUUACCCGACUCUACCAAGAGUUGCUAGAGUUGUGAUCCCACGAGUCGUUAGCACCACCGGCUAUGUCUUCACUUUGCUCCGUGGUGGCUCAGUCCCCACGCCACCUGAGCUUGUGAACUAUGUUGGUUAAGCAAAAUCUUUGUUAAAUUGUAAUACUUCAUUUUCCUAUCUUUCGUCAAUAAUGUAAAUAAAAAAAUAUUAUUAGUCGUUUACCGGCCAAAGCGGAC